AUGAUGCUCGCCGCGCACGCGGCGGCGCUGGCCGACGACGCGCGGAACAUGACGAACGGCUCCUUCCGCGUGCUGCGCUACGAGGCGCUCCAGAACCCCCGCUCCUACAGCGAGGCCGCCGAGGCCAUCGUCGACUUUCUCGGCUACGCGCCGUCCAUGCCCGUCCGCGAGGCCGCGGCGCUCGCGCGGUCGCGCGCGUGGCGCCAGCCGUCGUCGGAGCACGCCGCGAGCGCGGAGAAGGCGUCCAAGGACCACGAGCGGGCGGCGGAGGUCGACGAGGCCUUCCGCGACCGCUGGGCCAUCUUCCUCCGCCCCGAGCACCAGCUCGUGCCCUUCGUGGAGAGGCGACGGUUGAUCAGGCUGAAGAGCAAGAAGAAGAAGCGGGACGAGGCCGCGGCGCCCGCGAACUGGACGACGGCGACCUGCCUCGCGCCGAAGCUCGAGCCCUGCCGCCGCUGCACGCCCGUGCCCGUGACGACCACGGCCAAGGGCGGCGAGGGGCGCUGGUGCGUCCACACGAAGGAGCAGCUCACGAGGUGCUGUAAUUAG